AUGGAACCAUGGCUUACAGAGCAUGAAGACGUUAGAAGUCAGAUGGAAGUUAGGACAUUUUUUGGACUUCAAAAAGAAUUCAAAGAAAAUUUUGGGUCACUUCGAAACCGCGGCACUUUGAAACCAGUCACUUCGAAACCAGUCAUUUCGAGAACAGUGAGUUCGAAACAAGUCACUUCGAAACCAGUCAUUUCGAGAACAGUGAGUUCGAAACAAGUCACUUCGAAACCAGUCAUUUCGAGACCAGUGAGUUCGGAACCAGUCACUUCGAAACCAGUCACUUUGAAACCGCGACACUUCGAAACCAGUCACUUCGGAACCGCGACACUUCGAAACCAGUCACUUCGAAACCGCGACACUUCGAAACCAGUCACUUCGAAACCAAUCACUUCGAAAUCGGUAAUAUCGAAAUCGGUAAUUUCGAAACCAAAAAAAAAACACGGUCACUUAAAAAUGAAAUUGAAAAUUGGAAAAAAAAGACUAAAAAUUGAAAAAAAAUUUCGCAGCUUCGAAACGACCGGUUUCUAA